CUUCCUUGAGGCCUACUGCAGUAUUCUGUAUAUGAGAACAGCAAUUAUCACUUGCAAAAAUUAGUAAUAAAAGAAAAUAGAGCAAUAUCUCAAAGAAAGUUUGAGUUUGUAUUUAGUGUUCCGUAGGCCUCCAAAGAAGCAAGUUGUAAGGAAAGUUUGAAAUAAGCUUUUGUUUAUUCUAGAAAAGACACUAAGAAGAUGAAAUAACUCUUAAAUGUCAAAGCAACACAGGUUGGCUGUCACGGAGGAGCUGCCAGCGUAACUCAAGCCCUGAGGGGGGUUCCAAAUACAACAUGAACCAUUGGAGAGCUGUGGAAAUCCCCUACAAAUGAAUUGACUAUACAGCGAAUGAGAUUACGCCCGAAGUGCCCCUGGCGAAGAACGGACAUGCUCGACUGUUGUCUUCAGUCGCUUGUGUUGUGCUACGUUGUUUACCCAAAAAGGAGAGGCUGAGACCCUGUUAUUUUAAUCCUUGACUUCUUCUUGGGUUAUGAUAUAACUAAUAAUAAACCAAAAACUGCGGAAAGAGCACUUGAGAACGGAGCAUGGUAGGAUCUUGAACAGAAGUCGCUGGUGUCAGGCAGAAGAGGAAGGGGAGGAAUGGCAUCCCGGGAGAGGCUGUAUGAGCUCUGGAUGCUUUACUGCAAUAAGAAAGAUCCAGAUUACCUGAAGCUUUGGUUGGAUAGUUUUGUUUCUAGCUACGAACAGUUUCUGGAUGUGGACUUUGAGAAACUGCCAACUAGGGUGGAUGAUGUUCCUCCAGGAAUAUCACUGCUUCCUGACAAUAUUCUUCAGGUCCUUAGGCUCCAGCUGCUGCAGUGUGUCCAGAAAAUGUCAGAUGGACUAGAAGAGCAGCAGCAGGCUCUGUCACUUCUGCUUGUGAAAUUCUUUAUCAUCCUUUGCAGAAAUUUGGCUAAUGUGGAAGAGAUUGGAAUGUGUUCGUACAUUAACCACGUUAUCACCAUGACUACAUUAUACAUUCAACAGUUAAAAAGCAAAACAAAAGAGAAAGAAAUGGCAGAUCAGACCCCAAUAGAAGAAUUUGUGAGACAUGCACUGGCUUUUUGUGAAAGUCUCUACGAUCCAUAUCGAAACUGGAGGCAGCGAGUUGCAGGACGUAUCCUAAGUACAGUUGAAAAGAGCAGACAGAAGUAUAAACCGGCUUCUCUCACGGUUGAGUUUGUCCCUUUCUUUUAUCAAUGCUUUCAAGAAAGUGAACAUCUCAAGGAAAGCCUGAAAUGUUGCCUGCUACAUCUCUUUGGAGCUAUUGUGGCUGGUGGUCAGAGGAAUGCUCUUCAAGCAGUAUCUCCUGCUACCAUGGAAGUUUUGAUGCGUGUUCUAGCAGACUGUGACAACUGGGAUGACGGGAGUCCUGAGGAAGUGAGCAGAAAGGCAGAGCUUACUCUGAAGUGCCUGACAGAAGUUGUCCAUAUCCUUCUUACCAGCAGUUCUGACCAGCGGCAAGUGGAGACCAGUACAAUAUUGGAGAACUAUUUUAAGCUGCUUAAUUCAGACCAUUCAGCUUUACCUAAUUCAAGGCGAUGUAGGCAGUGGGAGAGCAGGUUCAUAGCUCUUCAGAUCCAAAUGCUGAAUACCAUCACAGCCAUGUUAGACUGCACAGAUAGGCCUGUUCUGCAGGCAAUUUUCCUUAACAGUAACUGCUUUGAGCAUCUCAUUCGACUGUUGCAGAACUGCAAGCUGUUUUUAAAUGCUAACAAUAAAGUGGCAGACAAGAGUGAAAAAGACCUUGCCAACAAAUUACUGACAGAAAUGAAUGAGGACCAGGUGUUUCAGGGACACCUAGACUGCUUGGCAGUAUCAACCAUUCAAGCCCUCACAGCAGUAAUGCUCAAGUCUCCAGCUGCUAAGGAGGUCUUCAAGGAGAGAAUUGGUUAUGCGCAUAUAUAUGAGGUACUAAAAUCGCUGGGUCAACCCUCACGGGAAUUACUAGAAGAACUCAUGAAUAUGGCUGUUGAAGGUGACCACAUGGCUGUUGGAAUACUAGGCAUUAGUAAUGUCCAGCCAUUAUUGCUGCUUAUCCAGUGGCUUCCAGAGCUAGAGUCACACGACCUGCAGAUUUUCAUCUCAAAUUGGUUGAGGCGGAUAUGCUGUAUUAACAGACAGAGUCGUGCCACAUGUGUCAAUGCGAACAUGGUCAUCCGUAUCAUUGAGACAUUAAAUUCCCAUUCUGCGCUCCACUGUACUUGUGCAGAGAACCUGAUUGCCCUUCUGGGCUCUUUGGGGAGCCAGUCAAUGGGAUCAGAAGAAUUGCUUCAGCUAAUACGGCUCCUGAGGACAGAGGAACCAAGGCAGGCUCACCCUUAUGUUGUUCCAGUGAUGCGAGCCAUUCUGGCAAUGGCCCGCAAGCAAGGCAUGGCGAGUGCCUUGCAGUAUUUCAACUUGUAUCACAGCAUGGCAGGAAUUGCAGUUCCAUCAAUUCAGAAGUGGCCAGGCUCUGCAUUUUCUUUCAGUGCUUGGCUUUGCCUUGACCAGGACCAGGUGGACCCUAGCUCAACUAACAAAAACGGCAAGCGGAAGCAACUCUAUAGCUUUUUUACGGGAAGUGGUAUGGGUUUUGAAGCCUUUAUUACGUGCUCUGGGGUAUUGGUGGUUGCAGUUUGCACAAAGAGGGAAUAUACGACAGUGAUGCUUCCAGACCACUGUUUUUUUGACUCGCUCUGGCACAACAUAACUAUUGUUCACAUGCCUGGAAAGAGGCCAUUUGGUCAGAGCCUUGUAUACAUCUACGUCAACGGACAGCAGAAGAUAUCUGCUCCACUUCGAUUCCCUGCCAUGAAUGAACCUUUUACUUCUUGCUGCAUUGGUUCAGCUGGCCAAAGAACAACGACUCCUCCUCCAUCUCAGAUACCAGACCCACCUUUUUCCUCCCCUAUCAUGCCCCAUCGUACAUCACUUGGGGGCAUUCUGUCUCCAGGAAGUUGGGGUGGAAUGCUUGCAAAACCGGAGCUGAUCACCAAGAUGAUCUCAGCAGGGACUCAGGAUAGUGAAUGGGGAUGUCCAACAUCUUUGGAGGGACACCUUGGAUCAGUUAUCAUCUUUCAUGAAGCACUGCAACCCUCUCAGGUGAAAGCGUUGUAUUUAGCAGGUCCAAACUGCUUAACUCCAUGGAAAUCUCAAGAGUCUGAAGUAGCAGACCUCCCCAGUAAGGUGUUGCUUCAUUACACACCAAAGGCCUGCAGAAAUCCAAUUUGUCUUGACCUGUCUGCUAAUCUCUUACAUGGAAGACUAACUGGAAACAAAGUAGUGAACUGGGACAUCAAGGAUAUGAUCAACUGCAUUGGUGGAAUAAAUGUGCUGUUUCCAUUGCUGGAGCAGAUCAGUUUCCUUGGUGGACAGGUGCCCGAGAAGUCUGAAGGGGAAACUCUACCACCUCCAGAAGCAGUGACUCCUGUAGAGGGCGACUGGGUGGUAUUGGCAUCCACAAAGGCAUCAGAAGCACGGCUGGAGAAGAAUGUUGUUGCAACUUUCAUCUUGGUGAUAAAACACUUUAUUCAGAGGCAUCACGUUAAUCAGGAAAAUCUGAUUCACUCCCAUGGAGUUGCCACCCUAGGAGCCUUGUUACAGAAGGUGCCAAGCAACUUAAUGGAUGUGAAUGUACUGAUGGCUGUACAGUUGUUGAUAGAGCAAGUCUCAGUAGAAAAGAACAUGCAGCUUUUACAACAGAUGUAUCAACACUUACUUUUUGACUUCAGCAUCUGGAACAGUGGGGACUUCCCCUUCAGAAUUGGGCAUAUACAAUAUCUUUCUACAAUCAUCAAAGACAGCAGAAGGCUCUUCAGAAAGAAGUAUGGAGUACAGUUUCUUCUAGACACACUCAGGGUUUAUUAUGGGAGUGGCUGUAAAGACAGUGAUUUGGCUCCCGAUGACCUGAGAACAAUACGGACAUCCCUUUAUGGACUGAUCAAAUAUUUCCUAAGCAAAGGUGGAACACAUGAAGAAAUACAGAGCAUCAUAGGAUACAUAGCUGCCACCACUGAAGAGGAACAGCUUUGUGGAAUUCUGGAUAUUCUCUUCAGCCUACUUCAUUCCAGCCCAACCCCAGACCAGCUUUUUUUACUGCUUUUUGAACCAGGAAAUGCUGAUAUUCUUUACGCUUUGUUACUGCAUCAAAGAUACUCUGAUCGGCUUAGAGAACUUGUGUUCAAGAUUGUGGAAGAGAUGCUGAAAUGUACUAAAGUUUACGAACGCAGUAAGCACCGUAUGAGACUGAGAGAAGUGGGAUACUCUGGACUGGGACUCCUUCUGAAUGAAUCACCAGUUCCUGUUUCUCUCAUUAAAAACCUUCUUAACCAAGUUCUGUAUGCAGAUCCUGUUGUGAAUUGUAAAGAUCUCAUAGCCGUAGUGCAUCUGGCACAUAAAUCAGAUAUAAACGUGAGAGUGGUCAUCUGUAGAAAGGUUUUGCAUCUUUUACAUUCCCAAUUGGACGCAGCACAACAGAUUUCUCAGCAGCUAGGCUGGCAGGACACUUUGGUUAGACUGUUCCUGAAAGAAAAGUCUGAGGUCCGGAUUGGCUUUAGAGAGAACAGGGCUGAUUCCUCAAGGGAGGAGGAAAAAAAGCCUCCUGCUGAAGAUCUUCAGAGACACCAUGCUGAUAAGAUGGAGGGAGAUAAAGCUGGUAACUUUUCAUCUGUUAAUGGUUUGUUUGAUCGGUGGAGUUUAGAAGACAACAAAUCUUUGGAUGUCCCAGCUCAUUUCUCUGCUAUGCCUCUGGAAGAUGCAUCCACAGGAGAGAUGUCUUUUAGGUCAGAGGACCAAGAAGAAUUGUGGCACAGUAAUCCUUCGCAUCUGAGUUUAGAUCUGUCCAGUGUUGACUCUUACGAACUGGCUGAUGUGAAUCAGAUGACAGAUAGCCUACCCAGCACACCAUCGCCUAUAGAGAGCACAAAACCAUUUUCUGGACAGCCUGACAAAGAUCUGGGUGUCAUAAAUGAUGUGGGCUUCGGUGCUGAUCUCUCUUUAUUUGAAAACCAAGGAGGAGGUGAUAAUGAACUGAUACAGUUACUUACAGACAUUCUACUGUGUAUAAUGUGGAAAGGCAUUGAAAGAUCUGAUGAUGAUGCUUGGAUUGAGAGAGGACAGGUAUUUUCUGCACUGACCAAACUGGGAAUAUCUAAUGAGUUGUUGCGACCGUCUGAUGAAAUAAAACUCAACCUGCUGGAGAAGAUGUUAGAAUGGGCAGUCACUGACAACAGGGAUUCAAAAGCUCUCCCUACACACGCUGAAAAUGCCUUCCGGCUCUUACUAAUUGUACAAGAUUUCCUGCAGGCAGAGGGAGUAGUUAAUUCAAACUUGUGGACAGAAAAGCUCUUGGAGGAGUUAGUGACUCUCAUGGAUAGCCUGUCAAUCUGGUAUUCUGCUGGCCCAGAAGCAACCUGGCUUUCACAGGUGCAAGUCCAGUUACUCCUUGGAUUCAUUGCACAAGACAACUUACAGGUCUGUGCUAUGGCAGCAGCCAAACUAAACACCCUGCUUCAGACUAAAGUAAUAGAGAGCCAACCUGAAGCAUGCUACCUCUUGGGGAAGCUGGAGGGCAUCUUGAGUAGAUCAAUAGAAGAGAAAACAGAAACGUAUUCAUUUUUGAUUCCCCUUGUUCGGACGCUGGUAUCCAAAAUUUAUGAACUUCUCUUCAUGAAUCUGCAUCUCCCUUCUUUACCUCCUACCAAUGGCAGCCCCUCUUUCUUUGAGGACUUUCAAGAAUACUGCCGCUCUGAUGAGUGGCAAGUGUACAUUGAUAAAUAUAUUAUUCCAAAUAUGAAGCAGUAUGAAGAGAAUUCAUUCAGACAUGGUCAUGAGCAGAUGGCACUUUAUUGGAAAGAUUGUUAUGAAGCGUUUAUGGUGAACAUGCAUAAACGAGAUCGGGAGAGAGGAGAAAGCAAGCUUAAAUUUCAGGAACAUUUUGUGGAACCAUUCAGCAGAAAGGCUCGACAGGAAAAUCUGCGGUACAACAGUAUGCUAAAGCAACUUAAUAGUCAACACACAGCUACUCUGAGACAGUGGAGAGCAGCCCAGCUUUACUUGCUCUCUGAACGUGGCCCUUGGUCAGAAAUGAAACAGCAUCCUAUCCACUGGAAACUUUCAAAUGUGGAAAAUUUUUCACGUAUGAGACUAAAACUAGUGCAGAAUUACAAUUUCAACUCUCAUCAGGAUGCUAGUGACCUGAGAGAUAAUUUAGGUGUGCACCAGACACAGCCGUCUAGUGAGUCUCUACUUCUGGAAGUGGUAAAGCAAGUGAAAGUGAGUGACUUGGAAGAUGAUAUACUUGAACUACCAGAGGAAGACACAACAGCCAGUUCCAGUAUGGAUGAGAAGGAUGAGCAGAGUCAGAAAGAAAAGCUAAUAUUGUCUGAAGACUGUGAACUCAUUACGGUAAUUGAUGUGAUACCUGGCAGACUGGAGAUCACUACCCAGCACAUCUAUUUCUUUGAUGGUAGCCUUGAAAAAGAGGAAGGCGUUGGUUUUGAUUUCAAAUGUCACCUUUCUCAAAUUCGAGAGAUACAUUUGCGUCGGUACAACCUGAGGAGGUCGGCUUUGGAGAUCUUCCUUAUGGAUCAAACCAACUACUUCCUCAACUUCAAUAAGGAGGUAAGAAACAAAGUAUACAGUCGAAUAUUGUCCCUGCGCUCUCCAAAUAUUUCUGGAACGAGAUCUCCACAGGAACUCUUUAAAGCUUCAGGUUUGAUGCAGAAAUGGGUGAAUAGAGAAAUAUCCAAUUUCGACUACCUUAUUCAGCUGAACACAAUGGCAGGACGAACUUACAACGACCUUGCUCAAUAUCCUGUGUUCCCCUGGAUUUUACGAGAUUAUACUUCAGAAGAACUGGACCUGAAUAAUCCAGCAGUCUUUAGGGAUCUGUCCAAACCCAUAGGGGUGGUAAAUGAGAAGAAUGCUAAGGCUGUGAAAGAGAAAUACGAGAAUUUUGAGGAUCCCCUUGGGAUGAUUGACAAGUUUCACUAUGGAACACAUUACUCAAAUGCUGCUGGUGUCAUGCAUUACCUCAUUCGGGUAGAACCUUUCACAACACUUCAUAUCCAACUUCAAAGUGGAAGGUUUGACUGUGCUGAUCGACAGUUCCACUCUAUUCCUGCUACCUGGCAGGCACUCAUGGAUAACCCCAAUGAUGUCAAGGAACUUAUCCCAGAGUUCUUCUACUUCCCAGAGUUCCUGGAGAAUCAAAAUGGUUUUAACUUGGGUCAGCUUCAAAUAUCCAAAGAAGUGGUAAAUGAUGUUGUUCUCCCCAAAUGGGCCCACUCUCCAGAAGACUUCAUUUGUAAACAUAGGAAGGCUCUGGAAUCUGAGUAUGUUUCUGCUCAUCUUCAUGAAUGGAUAGAUUUGAUUUUUGGCUACAAGCAGAGGGGACCAGCUGCGGUGGAAGCACUCAAUGUGUUCUAUUAUUGUACUUAUGAAGGGGCUGUGGAUUUGGAUGCUUUAACAGAUGAAAAAGAAAGGAAAGCUUUAGAAGGGAUGAUAAACAAUUUUGGGCAAACUCCCUGUCAGCUGUUAAAGGAGCCCCAUCCUCAAAGGCUGUCGGCAGAAGAGGUAGUGCAAAAACUAACUAGAAGUGAUACCUCUACUCUGAAUCUCUUCCAGCACCUCACUGAACUGAAGUCAUUCUUCAUAGAGGGAAUCAGUGAUGGUGUCCCCAUUGUCAAAGCUGUUGUCCCCAGGAAUCAGUCACGUUCCUUUAUGUCUCAGGGAAGCCCAGAGAUCUUGGUAACAGCAAGUCUGAAUUGCAUUAUUGGAACCCAUGGUUGGCUACCUUAUGAUAAAAAUAUCUCCAACUAUUUUACAUUCAUCAGAGAUACCACAGUGACAAAUCCCAAAACACAGCGCAGCAUGAGUGGUCCUUUUGCACCUGGGCUGGAGAUCACCUCUAAGUUAUUUGCAGUAUCGCAUGAUGCAAAACUCCUCUUUAGUGGAGGACACUGGGACAAUAGCAUCAGAGUGACAUCUCUUACAAAAGGAAAGCUGAUUGGACAGCACAUCAGGCACAUGGAUAUUGUGACCUGCCUGGCAAUAGAUUACUGUGGAAUCCAUUUAAUUUCAGGCUCCAGAGAUACUACCUGUAUCAUAUGGCAAAUAGUUCAGCAGGGAGGAGUGCCUGUCGGCCUGGCACCUAAGCCAUUACAGAUCCUUUAUGGGCACACUGAUGAAGUUACGAGUGUUGGCAUCAGCACUGAACUGGACAUGGCAGUGUCAGGAUCCAAGGAUGGGACAGUUAUUAUGCGCACUAUUCGGAAAGGUCAAUACAUGAGAACUUUGCGACCACCUUGUGAGAGUUCCCUCCUGUUGACUGUUCCCAAUCUGGCUGUGUCCUGGGAAGGCCAUAUAGUUGUCCACACCAGCAUAGAAGGAAAGACCACUCUUAAGGAUAAGAAUGCAUUACAUCUCUAUUCUGUCAAUGGAAAGCAUCUGAGUUCUGAGACUCUGAAGGAAGAAGUGUCAGAUAUGUGUGUGACAGGAGAGUAUAUUGUGAUGGGCAGCUUACAGGGAUUUCUUUCCAUACGGGAUCUCUACAGCCUGAAUCUGAGCAUCUCCCCAUUAGCCAUGCGACUGCCAAUUCAUUGCAUUUCUGUCACUAAAGAGUAUAGCCACAUCCUUGUUGGCUUGGAGGAUGGCAAGUUGAUUAUCGUUGGUGUUGGCAAGCCAGCAGAGGUAAAACCCACCAUCAAGAACUUUUUCUACCGAACAGUGGGAAGUUCACUUAUUUCUGCUUUCCAGCUGAGCAAGAGGUCACCUCUAUGGCAGGAUGCGCUCAGGUCAGCUUUCCCGAAAGCUGUGGGGAUCAAGCAAACGGCUCAGCCAGAUUUCAUCAGGAGAGACUGAAUAUAACACUCAAGAUUCCAAGUGAUUGCUGCUUCUACCUUCUCUCAUGGAUGCCAGAAAUAUAUUUAAUCUUUUGGUCACUUUAAAUGUAUAUCUCAGCUUUCAGGGGCUUGACUGUUAACAGUCUGUUGAAGACGAACUUAUGGUAGAGGUUUAGUAAUAAGCGUAUGUACCCAUGCAAGUUAGCUUGCUUGCACAUUUUUCCUUAACCGUGUUGAUUUGGUCACAACAAAAUCCCUCUCUAAACAGCUGCUAAAACAGUGUUUCAGGAAAACAAAAAACCUAAACACACAAACCAAAAACACCAGACCUCCAAACCCAAGCUUGCUAAUCGAACUUAAGAUAAGUACCAUUUGAUUUAAAGAUGAAUAGGGCCAGAUGCUCCUUGAUCACAGGAAAGAUAUUUGGCAUUGCUUUCACAGCACUGUAAUUCCCCAGCAGUCAGUCUAAAAUUGUCUGUUGCAGUGGUAUGAUUCAAAACUGGGAUAGCUGACAAUUAUGACCUUUUCAGUAUGUUUUUUAGACCAAUGAACAACUUACUGUGAUUUGUUCCUGUAAAUGCCUAUUGCUAUCUUCCUUUAUGUAGUUCCAGUUUUAGGCUGUUCUGCAAGGAACAUCUGUGUUGCACUACUUGAUUAUCAGAAAUUCUUUAAAGUACAGACAUGAAUAACUUCAAAGAAGUUGAAGGUGGUGAAGGAGCAGAAGGAGGUAGGAAAUACUUGCUGCUGAAAAUUAUUUAUAUUAAGUAGACUAAGAUGCACACUAAGAAAUCCCAUAAUAUAGUUACUAUCUUGAAGAAAUAACAGGAAAAAUCAUAUAUCCCUGUUGGUCAAAGAUCUAUCCUCUUCAUUAGUAAGGCAACAAAUUUUCGCUGCAAAAUCAUUUAAACAACACUGCAGAACAACUUAAUGAAAAAGCACCUGUUUGUUUCUUGGCUUGGUAUUCACCAAACCAGUUGUUAUCCAUAUUUUUGUUUCUGUAAAACAAGCAGGAAAACAGAUGAUGUAUCCAUUUUCAAGAUGUGUGUAAUAACUGCGAGAAGAAAAUAUCAGAUCCUUACAUGCUCUAUACGCAACAAAAUAGUUAUGGAUUUGUUGCUAUAUUUUGGAAAAGCCAUUACUGAAUGUUUUUUUGUUAUGUAAUAUUUGAUGUUGGAAGGGAUUGUGUUUUCCUGUCAUUCUGGCGUUUUUAUAAUGUUAGUGAUUUAAGUUAUAAACCUUAUACUGCUGGAAAAGCCUGGUGCUGAGGGAAAAACAUGAUUUUUUUUGACUGGUGUGCAAAGGUAUGUGUGCAUGUGUGUAUAUGUGUCUAUGUAUAUAUAUGUAUAUACAUGUAUGUUUGUCUAUUAAAAAGAGAAGAUAUUCCCCUUGCAUCUUUUAGGGUAAGGGGAGUAUAAAUAUAAGGCAGAGCUCUAAUUGAUUGCUAGCUAGUAUAUUCCCUUUUGGCUACCCAUCUCUUCCCUCUGCCAUCACUUUUUUGUGUUAUUUUUAUUUAUUUAUGGAUGUGAAUGUGUUGUACCUCCUGUAAAGGUUAUCAGGUAUUCCCUGUGACUGGGGACCUGUUGAACUACCUGAGAACUCCAUUAUGUAUAAUCUCAUUUCAUUAAAUUUUGGCAUAAUAUUUAUUAUCUUUAUAGAAAUAAAGUUAAUCCUUGCCCCGUGGAAAAAGAUAAUCUUUAAAAGUCCAAUUAGUUUCAAGAAAACUGUUUACUCUUCCUCCUCUUAAUGACUGAUUGUGUGCUCUGUAAAGAAAGUUGUGUUGUUUUUUCUUUUGUAAAUGAAAUAGUAAAUCAGCCUUGUGAACAAGUGGGUCUAUCCAUAGUUGCAAUAUUCAAACUGAUCACUGUGACAGACUGGAUUGUCUGAUUGUCAGGAGAAAAUCAGAAUAAUUUCCCUGAGUCGCUUGCCAAGAGAGCAUUAAAUUUCCAAAAGCGAAGUGAAAUACUGUUUUUAAUCACUUGCCUAUCCAAUGAGAAUACUAAGGAUACUCUGGAAGUAUUAAAUGUGUAUAUGAGAAUGUGAAGUAUGUUUGUCCAUUAUGAUUUCAUGAAGAAGGGAUUUUAGGGGAGCUCUUUUGAGAUUAGUUCCUAAGAAUUGCAGCUUUGAAUGUAAGAAUCUUCUGUGUUGUGGGAAGUUGAAAAAAGAAGCACAUCAUUUGGGGCAUUGCAGUGAUGUUUUUUGUAAGUACACAUAUAUGUUCUGCUUAAAUGCGUAUAUGAGAUUAAGUGUAUGCUUGCAGGGGAAGGGAGUGGAGAUUUUGGUUUAGGUUAGCAGAAUCAAGUGGAAAAAAGUAUCGAGAUAUGUACUCACCAAACCCUACAAAAGACCUCUGUCACUUGCACAGAAGAUCACAUAAAGGUUUGAAAUCAUCCUCUGUUUUAGACAAGUUUAUACAAGAGAUGGAUUAAUUUUUUUAGUAAUUUAAUAUUCAGGAAUACUGAAUACAUGGUGUCAGCUUAAGUAAAAUAUAUAGUUGAAAUAAUUGAGGAUGAGAGGAUUUGUGGUGAACAGUUUUGACAUUUGAGUGCUGUAAUUUCAGUGCAUCAUGAGCAUUGGGUGAUCUUCACAAAUAUGUGGGACAGGCUUAAAUGUAGACAGUUUCAGGGCUGUCAGACUUGAGAAUAGUUUGUGCUCUGCACAAAGUAGCAGCAGAAUGAGGAUGGGGAGAGAUGAACUCUGAGCUAUUUCAUGCUCUAUGCAGAAUGGCAACAUACACUAUUACCUUUUCAUCUUUUAUAUGGUCCUUGAGGAUGAGGGGGGUAUAUACCAUCACAGUGUUUUUGGAACGACUCCAAAGGUUUGAAGGUCUGCACUUUGCCUUUAUUUAAAACCAGCUUUAAAUAAAAGAUAUAGGUGGUAAGUGUGAGUAUUAGCUGGUAUUUUGUUUCUGUUUGAACUUAGUUUUAUGUCUUUUUCAAGUAGAAAAUCAUUUUUCUAAUCAGCUGUUAAUAGAUUGCAAUUCAGUCAACCUUAUGUAUUAGUGAACUGAUCUCUUACUUUUGAUUCCUUCAAGUUAAGUAAAGCUUUGGAUCCCACCAUGUUGCUUUUCAUGUAGAAAAAUGCGUACUUGUGAAGUAAGAUUAUCCUCUGUUUUUGAACUAAUAUUUAUUUAAGUGUUAAAAAGUAAAGCUGUGAGAUGAAACAAUUCUGAAUAGGAAUUCAGAAUAAACAUAGUUGUUCAUAACACUAGAUUUGUCAAGACCUUCUUGGUGGUACUUUCUUGCAUUUAAUUUUUGGAACAACCUUAAUGAUAUUUAUCCAAGCUAAAUAUAUACUUAUCUCUGAAGCUGAGUAAGGAAGCAUCUGUGUAACUAUAUAUAUAUAUAUAUAUAUAUAUAUAUAUACACACACAUAUAUUGAAAACUUUCUUUUGAUGCUUGUGUAUAGUCUAGAUCAAGCAGCUAGCAGUAUUGAUUAAAUUUUCCAUAGAACUUAAAAGUGUAUACCAAAGGAUGAUACUUAGAAUACAUCUCUCCCUUAUUUCAAGAAAAAUGUUUAAUUUUCACAAUUAACUUGUAACUGUUGAUAGUAUUUUUAAUUGUCUUUUAUAUCUAUAGUGAAGAAUCUCAUCUCAUCUGUGCAGUUUUUAUACUAUACCAGCAUUCAGAAAGUGAAAUGUUUGCAGUUCAAGGUAGCAUCUAACUUAUGUUAAUUAUACCAUAUUAAUAUACUUGUUAUCUAAUACUAAAUCAUAGGAUAUCUAGAAACCAUGUCUUCUAUCACCUGUGUACUUUACCAACACCAGCACAAAAUAAUAAUCCCAAUCUUAAACUACAUUUCUCCUGCAUAUAAAUAUGUAUCCUAAUGUGAACCUAAGGCCUAAUCUAAUGCAUAUUGCUAGAUGAAAACACUAUAAAGGGUUAUAUUUAAAUUGGUGGGAAUUUAAGUAUUCAGUGCUUUCUUGAAUUCAGUGCUUUCUUGAAUGGGCUUUUCAUGCCUUUUGGUUUAAAACCUAUGGAGUUUUCAGUUGUAAACGUGACACUUUGGUAGAAGUCAGUUGCUUGUGAAAGUUCUGCUGAGAAUGGACUCAAGCUGUGCAAGUAUAUAUACUCUCUGAUCUAGUUACCAGCAUAUAUUAGCAAAACCUUCAGGAAGUAUUAUAGAUGGGAGAAGUGGAUAGUUCUCAAAUGAGAUAUGCCACAGUGUGCUACACUUAUGCAGACCUUUUUUCAUUCAUCUUGCUGAACUUGAACCUUGUUUUUGCAGUCAGUCAUGUUUGGUGCUGUAAUAAAUCAGUAACAGCACAGCAACUAUAACAAAGUUAAUGAAAAGGCAACCCAUCAACAGAUUGUAUUAACUUGCAUUGCUUUAAAAUUGUGUACAUUUAUUUGGUUAAGACUGUGCAGGUCCAGGCAGUAACACAAGACAUAUUUCCACCUUCUAGGAGCAGAAAGUUUUUGUGCAGUCGUAUGCAUGUGAGUUCAUCGUAUUACCAACGUCAGACUCCAGUGAUUGGAAGAUAUCUUCCUUUCUAUCUCAAGGAAUCAAAUUCUCCUUGUUAUUACUAAUAGCUCUUGGAGGCACAUACUUUUAAAGAAAGCCAGGGUUUCAUGAAAAGCUACUGCAGUUUAUAAAAAAUGGUAGAAUAUUAUUGUCCUCUUCUUCACUACUAUAGUCAUCAGAUGCCUGAGUGGCAGUUCAGCAUGAUCUGCACAGGUUUACUUUUCAGUCAAGUGCUAUUAUUCAUCUUAUUGCAGUCUGGAGCACCCCAUAGGUGAGGAACUGCUUGUGGUGCUUAUUCAGAUACCCUUUGUUCAGUUUUAAUUCACUUUUUUUGCAGUGUAUCUGUAGAAGAAAACUCAUGUUUUUCUUUUAGUUACUGUUUACCUAAAGGGCCCAAAUAGAAUAAGCAUUUCACUUUUCUUCAGAAGAGAAUUCCUUCGGUUGUGUGUGCUUUCUAUUUUUGUCUUCUAGACUUGGGAAAUUUGGAAGGUAUUUCCAGAGCUUAGGUCUGUGACUAGAUUCUGUGCAGACACAAUGUCUUAACUUACGUUUUAUCCCAGAAGCAUGAUCAUCAGUAGAGAUUAUAGUUUAAUGCUGCUAAGGUGUCUUGAAUUUGAAAUAUAAAACAUCCAGCCAUAUGUAUCAUAUAUCUAAAUGAAGUUAGAGGCCACUUGUGUAUUUAAUUUCCUAUCUAGUCUGUAUUCCCUCUUGAGGGAGCCAUAUUUUUUGCCUUGAGGAAAUGUUUAAAAUAAAUUUAAUCAUGUACCUGGUAGUACUGCUUUAAUCAUACAUAGCUUUGAGCUAUUACUUAAAGCCAUGAGGAAAAAAAAAAUCAAGGCAAACUUGAUAAGUUCUGAUUCAACUCUUAGCUUAUGCAGGAGCAUCUUAUUAUAAAAUUAGAGAAACACUGCUUGUAAGACUUACCUCCCUUUGGUCAGUCUUUUGUUGGAAGUUGUGCUGCUACUUAGUUUGCGUGAUGAAAUUUGGUAAGCAAGACACUUCAACAUGUCUCAGCAUUUUUUUUUAAUUACUAAAGCUAAUGGGGCAGUGCAAAUAGAGUCCUUCCUUACAGCAACAGUUAAUCGUAUCUUCUGAUUCUUACACGUUGUGCAAUUAUAUGAUUACAAAUGGAUUUUUAAAUGCCAAAAAAUGCCUUUUUAAGAAUUAUAUGUUAGGUCUGAGGAGUGUUGAAAAUAUCUGCUUUCAAAAAUGAGCCUUCGGGCCCUGUAACAAACUUGCUGUCAGUCUUCUGUGCAAUAUCUCCCUUCUGGGUGCUUUAAGUGUAUACUGUAUGUCUUAUUUCGGUUUGAUCAGUAUGUUUUGAGAGUGUGUAUAUUGGCUAAUGAUGGAUUUUUUUUCUGUACAGCAUGGUGGAAGAUGUUUUAAAAUUUUGCACUUUUCUAGGAUUUGCAAGUUUGUAACCUAACAAUUUUUAACAUGCACACUUUUGUACAUGAUCAGCAUUGUAUAUAUUUAACAUGAGUCUGAAGCCAAUAAAAAUAAUUGAAUGCACAACUUCUCACUUUAUUAAUAGUGUAAAAAUGAAACUAAUGCUGUGGGAGUACACUAAAUGAGCAAUUCUUCUAUUACACAGGUAAAACAAGGGAGCAGGAACAGCUGACUCAGUGUCUUGACUUAAUUGUGUUAAGGUAACUUUUUUGAUGGGGGAGGAAUCAAAGUGGAGAUGCAUGGAAGGUACAGAACAUUUCAGAGUAAGGCUAUUCUUAUUCUAUUAUUACUCAAGUAUUGCAAUAAAAAUGUCAUUUUUCUUGGGAAAGAAAUGUGUCUGAGAAGUGAACAGGGUGGAGGGAAAGAGUCCAAUAAUGCAUAUUUAUCUUUAUUUAUAAAGUUAAGGCUUGCCACCCACCCUAGGACUAGAAGCAUCUCUUUCCUUCCUCCUCAUGUGCCGACUUCUGCUGCAGAAUAUGCAAGGCUACAGCUUCUGGAGAUUACUGUCAAUCAGGAGGAAACUGAAAUCUGUUCCAGGCUCGUGUUCAGUUGGUUUCUUACCCCU